CUUAUAGUUUUAUUUCGAGAAAAAAAUAAUUAAAUAUUUAAAUAAUUGUAACAAUUUUCGUAAAAGUUACUUAUGCACGGCGUAAUUUGGAAAUUAUUUUAGAGACAAUUAUUACAAGAAAGUUUUGUGAUAUUGCUCCGAAAAAGAGUCAUGAUUCUUGUUAUAGGUUAUCUACAAUUAUCUAUACGGUUAUCUAACGUCCUGUUGACACGUUCCAUCCACGUGGUGUUGACCGAUAGAUCCGGGUUGAUCUCAGUGUUUGGUGGCCGUUUCUUUGAAAGUAUCGUACGUCCGGGUUAUCGGCCGUAAGUGUACGCAAACUUGGCACAGAUUGCUAAUGAGGCUCGCCCCGGGAGAUAUGUAGGCUACGGACGAGGUUAGUUUGCUAGUUUGAUUUCUUCUCGGAGUUUGGAUUCGAUGCCGUCGUUCUCGUAUCACGCAAUUUUAUGAGGACUCCUAAUCGUUACUUCGUAUCCCGUAGUAUUAGGAAUUGUCAACCGAAUGGCGAUGUUCACAUCAAGAAGGCUGCUCAAAGCCGCCGCUAUCGGAACAAUCGGACUGGGUACCCUGGCGUCUCUCAGGGUAAACGAGUAUGACAUUGGUGCCAUCGGCAUUGUACGGCUGAGUCGUGCCGCGCUCACGGUGUUCGAUAUAGGUCGUCAUUAUAAAAAGGAGCUGUUCAACAGCGGGCUGAACAAGACAUCGGUGGAGUACCUGGAGCUGAAAUCAAACGUUCACAAGUAUGGCGCGCAGAAGCUGCUGGAGCUCUGCUGCGCUAACAAGGGGGUGUACAUCAAGGUGGGCCAGCAUAUAGGCGCGAUGGACUAUCUGCUGCCUAAGGAGUACGUACAAACCAUGAAAAUACUGCACAGUUCGGCGCCACAGUCCUCAUUCAAGGACGUGCUCACCGUAAUCAGAGAAGAUUUUAAGAGGGAUCCGUACGAGAUAUUUCAGAGCAUCGAUCGAGAACCCCUGGGUACCGCCAGCCUCGCGCAGGUGCACAGGGCUGUACUGAAAAACGGUGACGUGGUGGCCGUAAAGGUGCAGCAUCGCGCUGUCAAAAGCAAUUCUUACGUCGACAUCAAGACCAUGUCGGCUCUAGUGAGUAUCACGUCCCUGGUGUUUCCGGAUUUCAAGUUCAACUGGCUGGUCAGGGAGACAAAAAAGAACAUUCCGAGGGAGCUGGACUUCAUUCUCGAGGGUGAGAACACUGAGAAGGCGCAGAAACUCUUCAACAAUUAUAGCUGGCUGAGAGUGCCAAAGAUCUACUGGGACGUGUCAUCAUCUCGCGUGCUCACGAUGGAGUUUUUAGAAGGCGGGCAGAUAGAUGAUCUACAAUACAUACGCGCUCAUCAUCUGAACCCAUAUGAGAUCAGCAGCAAGAUCGGUCGUCUGUACAGCCACAUGAUAUUCAUUGAGGGCUUUGUCCACUCAGAUCCGCAUCCCGGUAACAUCUUGGUGCGCAAUCGCAACUCCCAGGCGGAGAUCGUGCUGUUGGAUCACGGUCUCUACGCCGAUCUGUCCGAUCAGUUUCGCUGGAACUACUCAAAGCUGUGGCUGGCUAUUCUCGACGCCGAUCGAGUGGCUAUGAAGGAAUACUGCACGCGUCUCGGCGUCGGUGAUUUGUAUGGUCUGCUUGCGUGCAUGGUAUCGGGCAGAACGUGGGAGACGAUUGUGUCGGGCGUGCGUAAAACUCGAUACGACGCCCACGAGAAAGAGAUGUUUCAGCAGAACGUUCCAAACUUACUGCCGCAGAUCAGUGUCGUGCUGGACCGCGUUAAUCAACAGAUGCUGCUGAUUCUCAAGACCAAUGACCUGAUGCGCGGUAUCGAGUACUCGCUGCGCACUCAGUCCAGGAUGUCGUCCAUGAUAGAGAUGUCCGCAUGUUGCGUGCGCUCUGUAUACGGCGAGAAACUUAGGCAGUGCUCGAGCACGUGGGAUAGAUGCAGAGUGUUGCUGGCGGAGCGUUGGUCGCUCCUAAAGUUGUCGGUCUACUAUACGUACCUGGGCUUAAUAAAUUUCGACCUAAACCGCUCGGUCGAGUCUCUAUGGACGAAGGACUUUUAUUUAGAAUAAUUUAGAUUAAAUGUGUUUGUUAUUUAAUUUGACAUGAAUUGUCAUACUUGGAAGAUGUUUUUUUACAAGACAGUGGGUGUCUCUUUUUCAAGAAGUCUUACAAAAGUUUUUUACUAAUAUAGAUAAAAUGAUAUAAAUAAUUCGCUAUAAAUAUCUUGUAAAAUAUGUAAAUCUUGAUCGUGCUUUAUACAUUAUGCUUUACUUCUUAUUUCGUUAUCGCUACGUAAAAUUUAAGAUUUAAAUAAUUUAAUAUUUGUUUUUUUUUUUUAUAAGUAUGCAUCCAUUAAAAGAACACAUUUUUUAUUACAUAUAUGUACAAGAGUUACAACAAAGAUAAAGAUUUAGA